AUGUUCAGGCUUUGAAGAAUGCUUAUGAGAUGAUCAAAUCAGCCAGUCAAGGAAAAUCUGCACUUGACUCAUCAGAUAACUUCAGCACCGACUUAUAUGUUUUAUGUGCUGAACAAGCACUUCAGCUGGGAUAUCUGGAAAUGAGCAGCGACUGUCUGCAGAUGUAUUUUAAAGGAAGAUUUCCUGUGAGCCAGUUCCUUGGCAGAGCAUAUUUGUGCCAAGGCCAGUUGCACACUCCACUCUCUACAGGAAAUUUGGAAGAUUUUGAAAAGUUUGUGCUGUUUUUUAUGAAGGCAGUUGAUUUUGCCACCCAUGAUCCAAGAUAUUAUUUUUUGCUAUAUAAUGCCUCAGUUCUUUAUUGGCAACUUGUGAGGCCGUAUCUUCAGCCUGGAUUCCGCUGUUGCCUUAUUCCCAGCCUCUCUCACAUUGUUGAAGCGUUAAACCAAGCGGAAGAGCAAGACAAGGAAUGGAGAGCAGAACUCAUGAUAAACCUACUUGAGUGCUUCCUCGAUGGUUCAAAACUGAAAGAAGCAGAGGAGUUUUCACCUACUGCAGCAGCCUUUAUUAAGGAAAAUGUUCCAGAUAAAUACUCUGAAAUAUUUUCUCUAAUGGUAUAUUACAAACUGAUGGAUAUUUCCCAGGUAGAGAAGGAAAUAAAAAGUUCCAUCCAUCUUUCAGUUAUUUAUAAAAUGCAGAUGUUAAAAUUGCAGUGGGACACAGAUGAAUUUCCAAGUGAUGCCACCACAAGUCUGAACUCCAUUUAUGUCCUUCUGAAACAAUACGAUGUACCUCCAGCAUCUGUUCUCAGAGUGAAGAUUCCUUUGAUUCUGGAAUUGGCUCGUUUUUCUAUGAAAGUAAACUGCAUUAAGGUUGCUCAUGAUUGUAUACUUGAUUUGAAGAGAGCUGGGAUUACUGAGCAGGGGAAACUUAUUGAAAUAGAAUGUCUGGAAUAUGAAUAUGAAAUAAAAAAAAUUGGCACUAAAGUUGUGACUUACACGAAAGGAGUCGUUGAGGCUCAGCUGGAGUUGAUAAAAAAGCUUGAGGUAACCUUAGAACGUGCGGUUCAGUUGGGAGACCCCGAUGUGAUCCAGGUUGUCUGCGCAACCCAGUGGAAUCUCUGCCUGCCUCUGCUCCAGCACAACCUGCACCAACGUGUGCGGAGGCCGCUGAUGGCGGUGGCUGAUGUCCUCGAGGAGGUUGACAGCAUGUUGAUUUUGUUGCGUUGCCAAGUUCACAUGGAAAUAGCUCGUAUUGAAGAAGAUGGGGAUAGAAUAGAGGCGGCUAUGAAACAUUUGCAAAAAGCUGUACAUCUGAACAACGGUGGGCCGUAUCAGGAACAUCUCAGAGUGUCUUUAAACCGUCUCCGUGUAUACGCUAUGCUGCACAAGUCACCUGAGCAUCCAGAGGAUUGGGCAGGAAUGAUGAUUGAACAGGCUAAAAAGGGAAAGCAGAAGGAUACUACGAGGAAAAAUAGGUCCCUUCUGGUAAAUGCAGGUCUUGCACUCGCUCCCGAUUCAUUUAAAAUCGUUCUUGACAGUGAAAAUGAAGCUAAAGUUUCCCCAGGUAAAAGUAGGAGUCAAAUAAGCCACCUCUGUGCAAAAGCACAUCAUCAUAUGAAAAGUGUGGAGCAAGCUGAGCAACACUUGAAACGCUUAAGAAAUGCAAAUGACAGAGAGAGAAUUUUACUUUGGGCAGAUCUGGCAAAAGUGGCGCGUAAACAAGAAGCAUGGGAUGUGUGCCGCGCAGCUUGCAGAUUUUGUCUCUUGUAUGAUGAUGCUUUGUUUAGGAAGGUUACAAAGCCUGAAAAAACAAAGAAGAAAGCCAGUACAGCUGCGAUGGGUGAUGAUCACGGUGACAGCUCACGAGGAGAAUCAUUGCUGCCCGCUAAAUCCUUCUCUUUUGAAAGAGAUUUACUCAGAAUUUUAGCAGAAAUAAGAUUCAUUACUGCAGAGGCAACUGUUCAUCUGUUAAGACUGCAGGGGAUUGAACUGAACGAUGGUCCUGUACCUCCAGACACAAGUCAGCAUCGUCCCGGAUGUGAUCCACAGCCUCCCGAGAGCGAUCCAGAGUGGAAAACUUACAGUUUAUGGAUUGACGGCUUAUCUCAGUAUGCAAUGGAAAACUUUCAGCGUGCAGCCGAAAUAGGAGAAGAACUGAACGAAGCCUGGAUGGUUCACAACACCGUGGUGUACGUCUUGAACUACAACAGACACCUCAUCUCCUCAGGAAGACAGAGGGGAAUUAUUUCCUAUCUGCAGACUCUUCUUGGAGCCAUCAGAGCUGUUGGGCACGAUGGAAGCACUGCGAUUUUAUUGAUGUUAUGCGAUGCUUUGGCUCGGGGCUUAAUUCUCUGUUGGAUCCCAAAGACAGAACUCGCUGAGAAGGAAACAAGAGAUGCAGCAAGAGACAGGAACAGAAGAGCUUCAAUGAAGAAACAGGAAAAAGCAAAUGUCAUCCAGCCUCUUUCUGUGGAUCCCAGUGGACUUCCUGAUAUCAAAGCUGCCUUAGAGAUUUGUGAAUUUGCCCUCAAUGUGGCAACUGGAACCGCCCCUCAUGAAGCAGCACCUCUUGCAGCACAGCAGCGGGUCAUUGCUACGUGGGUGAAAGCAAAGCAGUUACACCAGCAGCAGACUGGGCAUCGGCUGAGGACAGAGGAGGAGAAUGAUGGUGAAACACGAAAUCCUGCAGCAAGUAUUCUUAUUGGCCUAGAAAUGUAUUCAUGUAGUGGCUUGGGUCUCAUGGAUUUCACUGUUCCUAGCCUAUCUCAGCUGGUGAAACUGGCUCUGGAAUGCCGCUGGUCAGAUUCCUUGGUGGAACUGCAGACGCUGACACGACUGACGUACUUUGCGUAUGUCUCUCACGACCAUGAUACAGUAAUGACUUGUUCCAAAAGGAUCUUGCGAUCAGAUGAGCAUUUUUUCCACAGCAGAGAUAGUAAGAAAUACGAAAUGCCUGGUAACAGAGUGAGACAAGAAAUGUUAAGCACCACUGCCUGUAUACAAGGAAAGAGCAUAAUGGAAAACUUGUCUGGAAGAAAACAUCUGCGAGUAGCAGCAUCAAAAGCGUUUGUUCAGAGUGUCAGGUACGCAGGGGAAGCCGGAAAUUAUUCCCUUGUAAUGUUUGCAGCCAGACACUUCUGGAACACGUGUUUACACCUGCUAAGUUCUCCCCGUGACAGAGAGCAGCUUAAAGAACCUACUGAAGUAAUUCUUAGGAAUAUAAUUAAAGCAGAAUCUAAAAAUAAACAGGAGAAGAACGAUACAGUGCCUUUGCAUCAGUGGAUUACAAAGGAUUUUCAGAAUAUAGGGUUUUCAGUUGGAUGUUUUCUUCCAGGUGCUGAGGAAGAUCUGACAUUAAGAACCUCCUUAUAUGGGUUAUUAUUCCAUAUAAAUGCUGAUAAAGCUGAUUGGGAAACAGCCCUAAAAGUCCUGGAUGAAGCCAUUCGAGUUUUGCCUCACACGAGACACAGGCUCCUGAUUUUUAAACAUAUGGUUACAGUGAACGCAGAACUGGGACACAGUUUUGCGAUGGAAAUUCAGAAAUUCAGAGACGAGGGUGAGGAUUAUUUGUCCCGUAUGUGGUGUCACUUGGUCACGGUCUCCAGAAGCGUUGUGGGGCAGCUGAGCUGUUUUCAAAGCGCGAUCACUGCUCUACAGAAACAAGAAAAUGAAUGGCAGAAAGUUGAUUAUCUGAUGGAAUUUGCGGAAUGGCUAUACUGCAACCAGUUUCCCCUCAGUGAAGUUAUUAAACCCCUGGACUGGGCGGUAGAUCUCUUGCUACAGAUGGAAGUUUCUCUGGAGUCCUCACAAGGAGAAGACAAAAAUACUGUACCAAAAUUUUCACCUACAGAAAAUUCGAAGAUAAACAUUGGAGCAAAUGGCACCAUACCCCAAAUUAAUUUGGAAUAUUUGAGUAAUAUUAAACAAUUGGAAGCUUUGUUCAGAGCACAGACAUUAAUGGCUUUCAUUUCUGGUCAUGGUUCUUGUUUUCAUCAGCAGCACUGUCUGGUGGCUUAUGCUUGUGUCAUCCGCAUCUGGCAGGUAUCGUUGUCAGCAUCAGGACCUAUUGCAAAAGCAUUAUCAAAGUCUUCACAACCUACAGUUCCUCAGAAAGUGCAGUCAACAAUUACACUUAAAAAAGAGAAAGGCAAAAAGAAAGAGAAACAGGUUGAAGUUUCUGUUGUGAAAGAGACGCCUAAAGGGAAAGGACCAGUGGAUACCUUACCAGCAAAUGUGGAGGAAUGGGCUCAUUAUGACUGUCCCACUGAAAUCAGAGAGGCUUUUAAACAGAAAACAAAUAGUUAUGGUAUUAACUGGGAUAAUUUCCCAAAACCUACUCACACUUUGUAUUUUAUGGACCUUUUAUCCGAAGAACUACAGAAAAUGUUUUGUCCCCACUUGAUUAUCCCCAUCUUUCAGUUAGCUGAAGUUAUUGCCAAUGAAAUCGUGGAAUGCAGAAGUCUGUCCAACCUGUAUCACCUUCGAAUUGCCCUGAUAUGUUCAGACCUAAAACUGAGUCAGGCAUCUUUGUAUCAUGAGAAAGCUGCUGGAGAAGCAUACAUCAGUGAAUUAGAACAAGCAAUGUGUAGGCAAGAGAUUGCACUGAAAAAGGAAAAACAAAUACUAACAGGAAAAGGGCUGAGUGCACUUUCUUUCCCUUACUUGUGGAUAGAAAAGGCUGAGGUGUUAAUUCAGCUGGGCUUGUAUCAACCAGCACGACUCCUGCUUUCAGAGGCCCACGCUGCAACUCAGGCACUGCAGGCCCCGGGCGCAGUGUCCCGCUGCCUGCAGCUGCUGGCGGUGCUGGCCAGGCGGGAAGGAGGCCCCGCGCAGGCCGCGGCGCUUCUGGAGCGGGCCCAGCGGCUGGGGGGCAGCGAGAAGCUCUGGUACCGCAGCGCCCUGGGCCUGGCGGAGGCCGCGCUGGAGGGCGGCGGGAAAGGCCGACACAGCACGGCCUGUGGGGUCCUGGAACAUGCUGUGAGUGUGCUCAGGUCCAGUUUGCUGAGGACACCCAACAGAGAAGCGGAGCUGGGUUUUAUGAUCACAUCCCUUGAAGCCAGAAAAACACUUAUUGAGAUACGUUUUGCCCACGAUUGUACGGCAGGUAGUGCUGAACCUUGUCAGUUACCAGAAAUGCUACAGGAAUCUUACAAUAAAUUAGUUCAAAUUGAGAAGGACUUCAUUAAUUAUGGGCAUAAAAACUGCAGCGCUGAGAUACUACUAGAACGUGCAAAUAUUCACAGGAUGAUUGCCAAGCAGGACAGAAGCAAAGAGGGAAAACAUGGUCACUAUCUAGAGGCUUAUAACUUAGCUCAGAGGGCAGUCUCCAGAACAGAGGAAGUGUUUCAUAAUGUUCGUCGCUUAAUUUCAGUUAAUGAGACUACAAAUAUUAGUAUCCCAUUAAUGAGGCAGCUAGCUAACAGGAAAAUAAAUCUUGUAGAAAUUCUUUUGGAUAUUUUUAGUCUUCUUGUUGCUGAGAAAAAGCCGCAAGUGGGAGAGGCAUCAUCUCGUAAAAUUGUGGAGGCAUUCAUCAGAGGAGCUAUUGAAGACAAGGCGACACAACAGGACUGGAAGCAUGUGGGACGCUCUGCGGGUCAUGCUGCGCUGGCUCAGCUGGUGAACAUGCAGAGGCUCUGUCCGGGCUGUCCCGACAUCAAGUCCAAGUGCCUGUAUCUCACUGGAAAAACUCUUCAUUUACUUGCCAUUAGCGUGGACCCUGUAUGCUCGGAGGUUUACUGGAAGCCAAAUGUUGUGGAAGAAGCUAAAUCAAACAUCGCCAAAACUUCCCUGGCUUCAGCAGAAUGCAGUGAGGAGGAAGCGACAGACAGCAGUUUAUGGGCUGAUAAAUGUCGACAUAAGUAUGGGAGGACAAUACAGGAAUUAAAGAAGGAACAUCGUUUGGCUCAGUAUUAUCUUUCUCAGUGCAGCGAAGCGCUGGUACAGUGCAUGGGCAUUGCCUUUGCUCAUCAGAUCACCGAUGUACUGGCUCCUGCUAGCUUUGAAAUGGUUGAAUGCUUUCAGCAACUCGAUCCAGUUUCAGCCAGCCAGUUUUUGGCACUUCAUCAGAGCUGUUCAGCAUCCAUGGCGAUGAAGAGUGUCCUUCUGGCAGCGACAUCCAACACCAGCAGCUCCCAGCUAGCAGCAUUGCUGCAUCUGCAGAGGAAUUUGAAACAAAGCAGAGGCACAAGUGACCUUCUGAAAAGCGUGGAGCAGCAGCUGGCUGCUACCUCAGUGGCAUGGAGAAAUCUCUGUAUACCUGUUGAACAUUUUAGUAUAAUGGAUGAAUUGCCAUCCAAUUUCCACAUAAUUAUUCUCCAGCAUUCAGAAGACAGGUCGGGUCUGUUCAGCUCCUGGGUCGAGGUGCCCCGGGCAAGCCCUGCACCACUGAAAGGAAAACCCACGUGGCCGACGGUGCAAGCUAAAGCUUCUCGAUUUCCUGUGAAUCCUGAUACAUUUUGUGCUUUAUUGGAAAAAGUGCGUCUUUUCAAGCAGCAGCAGAUGAAGAGAUGUCUUGAGCAGACUGUGGUGCGGCACUUGCAAGAGUGUGUCUCCAAAGCAGAUGUGCUCCUUUCAGUUGAAACACUGAUUAUUGCAGAUGGUCGAAGUGUUGAUCACUGUCUCUUGUCCAAGGCCUUUGCUGUAAUGGCAGACUGUGGAGAUUGCUGUAGUUGUACUGGUAAAGAAAAAGGCGGUGUGGGAUUUCCAGAGGACAGGGGCUCCAAAAGGAGGACGUCCGUUGUGUCAGAUUUCACUGGUGUUGCAGCAGUUUUGACUUUGUGUUUCCUGUGCAAACUUGAACCCUCGUCAGUAUCAGUGCUGGUGAUGUUUUCACUGAUUCCUCUCCCCAGAAAACAGAGCACAUCAGCAGCUGAGUCAGGAAGAAUGAAAGUGAAUGAGAAGGACGGCAAACACGCAGGAGCACAGGGUACACCGAUGGAUUUAGGACUGUGUGUGGUGUUGCUGGCAGAUCCGUUACUGAUGGAGCUGCCUUUGGAAGCGCUGAGCAUCUUCAGAGCGGGAGGAAUCAGCUCUGUGUCCAGAGAUUUUUCUCUCCAGAUUCUCUACAAUCGAAUACAUCUGGCUGCAUCAG